CCCGAUGCAUGAGAAAGAGGCUGCCUUUCCCAAGAUUCCAGGAAUCCUGUUGGUUUCUGCUUCAUCCCAGGAAGGGAGAAGAAUCUCUAGCAGCAAGCUCCAGGCCUUCUCCAUUUUUAGAAUGUUGGACUGAGUCUGUGAUUAGGCUGUUGAGACUCUAAGCCAUAAGGAGCCUGAAGAUCUGCAAUUAUAGGCACAGUGCUCCACUGCUCCUGAAUUUAUCAUCGUCAUUGCCACAUCUAUUAUUUUUAUGUUUCAAUUAUUUCAUAUUUUUUGUGUGUCUUUCACCAGCUCAACAUCGUCCACUUAUUCCUGGAUAAAAAGCUCUUUGGAGGCAAAGAACCAUGUCCAAUUCUCAACUAUUGUUCCCAGAACUCAAUACAGCACUUUCCUCUAACCAGGGGACUUAGUAAACAGUAUUGCUACCAAGAAGAUAAAAUUUCCUUAUCAAAAACGUCGAAGGGCUCAGUCUUGCGCAACUCAUGUUGCAAAGAAAAACAAAAUCCCCAUUCGGUUCUCUUUUACCCAAAUAUUAUGGCCAAAAAGGCUGUGUACCCAAUUGACAACCUUUUGGAGGACGAGAGAAUUGAGCUCUUAUAAUUCUAAUUGAUGGAGUGCUAUGUAAAGAAGGCUUAGUUUCACAACCAGAAGUCAUCUAUUCGAGGAAGUGAACGCACUUUCACCUGUCCCACUAAAUGGGAGACAAAGUGAAAAUAGAGGUUUGGGGUUGAAAAGUGGGAAAGAGAGAAGGGAUCUCUAGGUACUUACGCUGCGAGCCACAUGGUGGCGAUGUCUGCUAAAAAAUGGCGAUAAUAUAGCGGUCCAUCGCCCUUUGUUCAGAUGCAAAAACGCAGGAGGAGGAGGAGAUUCACGCCGGGCAUGGAUGGGGUAAGUCACUGAGGGUUAAGGCUUUGCUUUUACGGACUGUGUGGGUUGGGCCCUCCGAUCCGACCCCUUUUUAGAUAGAAAUUGGGGCCCCUCACCGAUUACGAUGCUGAGCCACUGGAGGGGAGUCGGACGGGGGAGCCGGCGGCGGCUGCUGACCGCGGUUCUGCUGCUGGUCACAGCCUGGGCCAGGGGGAGCGGCCAGCUCCAUUACUCGGUGCCGGAGGAGGCGAAACACGGCACGUUCGUGGGCCGCAUCGCGCAGGACCUGGGGCUGGAGGUCGGGGAGCUGGUGCCGCGGAUGUUCCGGGCGGUGUCCCAGGGCCGCAGGGACUAUCUGGAGGUGAAUCUGCAGAACGGCAUCCUCUUCGUCAAUUCGCGGAUCGACCGGGAGGAGCUGUGCGGCCGGAGCCCCGCGUGUAGCAUCCACCUGGAGGUGAUCGUGGACAAGCCGCUGCGGGUCGACCAUGUGGAAGUGGAGGUUAAGGACAUCAACGAUAACCCGCCAGUCUUCCCGGUAACUCAAAAAACCUUGCUCAUUUCAGAAUCCAUUGCCUUGAAUUCGAGGUUUCCGCUAGAGGGCGCUUCGGAUGCGGACAUCGGAGCCAACUCCUUCCUGACAUAUAGACUCAGCGACAAUGAAUAUUUUACUCUUGAUGAGCCCAAAAGUGAUAAAAUGUUAAAAUCCUUGGCACUUGUAUUAAGAAAAUCUCUGGACCGAGAAACAACCGUCCAGCACAAAUUAGUACUGACGGCCACAGACGGGGGCAAACCCGAACUGACGGGAUCGGUGGAGCUGGUGGUCACGGUACUGGAUGUGAACGACAAUGCCCCUCGGUUUGACCAGGCGAUUUACCGAGUUCAGAUUGCAGAAAAUGCCCCCAGUGGGACAUUAAUGGUGAAACUUAAUGCUUCCGAUCCGGAUGAGGGCGGUAACGGCAUGGUGCUUUACUCCUUCAGCUCGGAUACUCCACCCGCUGUAAGAGAGGUGAUCGGGAUUGAUCCAAAUUCGGGAGAAAUCAGGGUGAAGGGAGGCCUGGACUAUGAAAUCCGCCAUACCUAUGAGAUCCAGGUGGAGGGGACGGAUCAGGGAACUCCACCGAUGGUAGGUCACUGCUCGGUCUUGGUGGAACUGCUGGAUGCCAAUGACAACGUCCCUGAGAUAACGGUGACCUCCCUGUUGCUGCCCAUCCGGGAGGACGCCCAUCCCGGCACGGUGAUCGCUCUGAUCAGCGUGUCCGAUCGGGACACGGGAGCCAACGGGCAGGUGACGUGCACCCUGGCGCCCCCCGGACCGUUCGGGCUGGUGUCCACCUUCAAGAAUUACUAUUCCCUGGUCCUGCAGGGCCCCGUGGACCGAGAGAAAGUGGCGGCCUACGAGCUGCGGGUGACGGCGCGGGACGGUGGGGAUCCGGCGCUGGAGGCCACGGCCAGUGUGUCGGUGGCCAUCGCCGAUGUGAACGACAACGCGCCGGCCUUCGCCCAGCCCGUGUACACGGUGCUAGUGAAGGAGAACAACCCGCCGGGAAGCCACAUCUUCACGGUGUCGGCGCGGGACCCGGACGCGCAGGAGAACGCGUUGGUGUCCUACUCGCUGGUGGACAGGCCAGUGCGGGAGCGGCCGCUGUCGAGCUACGUGUCGGUGCACGCGGAGAGCGGGCGCGUGUACGCGCUGCAGCCGCUGGACCACGAGGAGCUGGAGCUGCUGCAGGUCCAGGUGAACGCCCGCGACGCGGGAGUCCCGGCGCUGGACAGCAACGUGACGCUGCAGGUGUUCGUGCUGGACGAGAACGACAACGCCCCGGUGGUGCUGCCGACCCAUUCUGGCGCCGCCACCGCCCCCUCGUGGUCCUCGGCAGGGUCGGGUCCCUGGUCCGGGUCCCCCGGGGCGCCUCAGCCGGGACCGGAGCUGGUUCCGCAGGGGGUCGGUGUGGGGCACCCGGUGGCGAAGAUCCGCGCGGUGGACUUGGACUCGGGCUACAACGCGUGGCUGUCGUACGAGCUGCGGGAGGCGGGCGGCGGGGCCGGGCGCAGCCCCUUCCGCAUCGGGCUGUACACGGGCGAGAUCAGCACGACGCGGGCCCUGGACGAGGCGGACGGGCCGCGGCACACGCUGCUGGUCGUGGUGCGGGACCACGGGGAGCCGGCGCUGCGGGCCACGGCCACGGUGAGCGUGUCGCUGGUGGACAGCGGGCAGGACGGCAAGGUGGCGUCGCGGGCGUCGGGGGUGCAGGCGUCGGGAGCGUCGGGGAUCGGCCAGCGGGCAGCGCUGGUGGACGUGAACGUGUACCUGAUCAUCGCCAUCUGUGCCGUGUCCAGCCUGUUCGUGCUGACCGUGCUGCUGUACACGGCGCUGCGGUGCUCGGCGCCCCCGCGGGGUCUGUGCGGGCCCGUCCCUCCGGCCCUGGUCUGCUCCAGCGCGGUGGGGAGUUGGUCGUAUUCUCAGCAGCGCCGGCGUCAGCGUCCGAACGCGUGUGCGGGGGACGGGGCCGCUAAGAGCGACCUCAUGGCUUUCAGCCCCAACCUGCCGCCCUGCCCGGGACCCCGGGACGCUGGGGAACAGCAGGAUAACUCCGCUGAUCAAUCAGGGAAGGUAAGUCUUUAAAUAGUUGCAUUUCCGCAUCCUUUAAACUUUUUCUCUUUUUGUUUGGCAUAAUCUUUCCCUCUGGUGGCUGGACCUGCAACUCGGAUCCCCCUGAGGGGACUGUAUAGAGAUUUGGUCUCUCCUUUAGUUGGCUUCAUGAUGAGAUUCUCACUUUUGUUCUUCUUUGAGUUUUGCACGGGUAUUUGGAGGGGAGGCAGCCCUUUGUAGACCUACUCUCCCGUUCUGAUAGACUUCCACACACUCUCCUAGUUCAAAUUUCCAGGUCAUUUUCCCCUCGUCCAAAUAUUCGUCGUAUUCAUUCUGAUAAUCUCCCACUACAUCUUUAGUUGUU